GUAGGGCAACCCAGUCUUUCCCUAGAAUGGCAAGGUUUCUCUCUCAAGCUCGAACUCUAUUCCGCCACUGUAGUUCCCGGAGCUCCUCCUUCAAUUCUCCAUCUUUGAUGCCCCUUUCCGUCUACAAUUGCCAGAUUCGCCACACUUCUUCGAAGGCCCAGAUGAUUGAGGUUGAGCUUGAUUCCUCCUCAUCCCCAGUCUCGUCUUCUUCAUCCUCGUAUUCGGACGGUCGUGGACUUGAUUUCUCGCUGGCGGUGCAGAAGAUGGAAGACCUAAUCCAGGUCCUUUUAGUGCAGAAAUCUACCCCCAAUUGGCUUCCUUUCAUCCCUGGAUCCUCCUUCUGGGUCCCGCCACACAGCCCAACUAUCGCCCCUGAUUUAAUCAUCAAGUUGGUCGAUCAGCUCACGGAGGACGAGAUCCGGGCCGUCACCACCUUGCGCGGCUGGCCCUCCUCUUCCUAUUUCAUCCCUGAGGUAGAGGCCGAGGUGCUGGAGGAAGCGAAUACAGAUUUGGAGAUGCAGUUGAACACAUCUCAAUCUAAGGACACUGAAGGAUAAGUUGAUAACGCCUUUACAGACAUGUUUUUAGGUAUACUCUCCUUGAAAUAUCAAAUUAAGACAGAAAAGCUGGAAAAUCUUUGAAAGGCUAGUGGAUAUUGUACAUGAGAUUGUAGUAGUCCAUCUUGUCUUGUAUUUAUAUUUCUGGACUUGUGCUCUCUCAAGGACUAAACAGUUGUCAGUAUGAAUCUAUCAUCAUAUUUAUGGACACAUUUCAGACUUUUAACUUCUUUUUCCUUGUGAA